UCGGCGCUCGGACUCGGUGUGUUCGUGACGUGUAUCACCGAAGACUUCCUCAAAUUGCAAAGCUAGGUGGCUAAUAUGAAGUUAGCCAGUUUUGUUGCCGAUGAUAUUAAGUGAUUCGUGGACGACAAAAUAAAAGCCGGAAACCGUCCCUUUGUCGGUUAUUUCGGCCGCCAUGAUGCGUCUCGCGCUCGGCGGAGGAGACCGACGGGCUGAUAUAAAUGUGACGCGAGUCUUCUUCUUUCUGAUCUCCGCCGUGUUGUUGUUGUCGGUUGGAGUCGCGUCCGUUCCGGAUGAGAACAAACCAGCACAAGAGCAACCACCACAAGAAAAAGCCUCGAGUCCACACCCGAUCGGUCCGGUGGUCUCUGAAGAUGGCUCCUCCAGCAAAGCAAACAUGGGCUUCAUCCACGCCUUCGUGGCCUCCAUCUCCGUCAUCAUCGUCUCCGAGCUGGGGGACAAGACGUUUUUCAUCGCGGCCAUCAUGGCGAUGCGUUACAACCGUCUCACAGUGCUGACGGGGGCCAUGCUGGCUCUGGGACUCAUGACUUGUCUCUCAGUGCUGUUUGGCUAUGCCACCACCAUCAUACCAAGAAUCUACACGUACUACGUGUCCACCGCUCUCUUCGCCAUCUUCGGUGUGCGCAUGCUGAGGGAGGGGCUGAGGAUGAGUCCAGACGAAGGCCAGGAAGAGCUGGAGGAGGUGCAGGCAGAGAUCAAGAAGAAGGAUGAAGAGCUCCAGCGGUCUAAGCUGGUUAAUGGGACUGCAGAUGUGGAGGCUGGAUCCGGGACCUCCAUGCCUCAGGGGAAGUGGCACAGCAUCAUCUCACCCAUCUUCAUCCAGGCCCUCACCCUCACCUUCCUGGCAGAGUGGGGGGACCGCUCACAGCUCACCACCAUCAUCCUGGCUGCUCGGGAGGAUCCCUUUGGAGUCGCAGUGGGAGGAACUCUCGGCCACUGCAUGUGUACCGGACUGGCUGUGGUCGGAGGACGAAUGAUCGCCCAGAAAAUAUCCGUCAGAACUGUUACAAUCAUCGGAGGGAUCGUCUUCCUGGCCUUCGCCUUCUCCGCCCUCUUCAUCAAGCCGGACGCUGGAUUUUAAUUGGACGACAGAUUUCAGGUGUUGUCUGUACAUACGUGUGACGUUUGGUUAAGUUGUGUAGAGAGCGUUGUUUAGACUGCCCCCCCCCCCUUCUCUGGUGGAGGUUGAACACUGUUUUUGUAAUCAUUAUGAAUAAUGCUGUAAUGAGUGAUGCUCAGCAGUGAACCGGUGAGCGGUGAUGUAGGUGAGCGAGCAGACCACACGGCUCUCUGUGGUCGUCAGUGAGUCUGAGGGACACAAGAGUUCUGUCCUCGCACUCAGAGACACUUUGAGUCCAUUCAAGCAGCUUUUGUCUUUUUUUGUUUUUAAAUAUUGAAUGCUCAUUUGUUUAUUCCAUCUUUCACUCUGGGGGACCUUUUUUUUUUUUUUUUUAACCACGAUGCAUUAACAUCCCAAAAUAAGGUUCUACUUCACUAAACAUCUUGAUUUUCACAUUGUGAGGAAAAACACUGAGAACAGAACCAACAGACAGUCGUGAUGUUCUGUAGUGUGUGUAUGAGGUUCUCCUCCACAGGCAGGGUUCUACUACAGUAGAUGAGUUCAUAGAAACUUUAAAGCUUUAAAGAGAGCAGAGAUGGAUAGAAGUGUUUCAGUUCCCUGUACUAAAGAGGUGGAAACGUUCUAAACGCAGCGUUCACUUAGACUGAAAGAGAUUCUUUUUAUUUUGGUUUCUCAAACACGUCGUGCUGCCUCUCACCGCCACACUGACUCAUAGAACACACUUUAAAUAAAACCCAAACUCUCUCUUUAGGAAGCGAUUAAUCCUUUGUUUCACAUCAGAGCACUAGAUUACCCGAGUCCAGGUGUCACCAUCCUUAAAGAGACGGCUACCAGAGAGAUACGCCACGUUUCAUAAUUCCACUUCCACAGAUCCUCCCUCACACGGUGAUUAAAGCCAUUGUUACAAACCGUUAGUCACUAAAUCAAUCAGGUACAGAACAGAUGAAACCAACUGAUAAUAACUGCCAGUAGAAGUCACUCCAGAAGCGGCUGUGUGGUAGCAACGGCGACACCUGAACACAGCUACUGCGUUUCACCUUUUUAUUUACUAUUUAUUUAGCUUCAUUUCCUUUUCUCUUAAGCUGAUGUACUGUAGAGAUGGGGGGGGGAGGAGAGAGAGAGAGAGAGAAACAAGGAAUGGAAAUAUAUUUUUUAAAAGGUGAACAGACUGAAGCUGCAUUGUCAAUAUUUGACAGGCUGUGAAAUGCUUUGUUUGUGAUACUGCUCGGUUGAAAUGCCUGUAAAUCUAAAAAAAGCUCAAUAAAAAUGUUUCAUGUGAUUCUGUGCGUCGCUGAAGGGAUCAAAUAAACAGUAACAGCAGAA